CUUGCUUCUGACUGGCUUGUCUCUUAACCUGGAUCAUCCCUAAACUCUCGCGACCUCCCCGUGAGGUCCAUAAUAUUCCUCUGAACGCCCUAUCUCGCCACUAGCCACCGAGGACGUCCGCAGCCACCCAACCCUCACCACCAUGUCCGCGCUCCCAGACGACCCCGAAGAUAGCCCCAUGCGCGUAGACAAGGGCAAGGCCCGCGCCGCCUUGCCCUCUGAACGCACCCCUCUCCUCCGCGACGCCCACACCCCCUCCUCAUCCGAAGACUACCCCGAACUCGAGCAGGCAUACCCCCGGAGACCACCCUGGCGCCACAUCCUCUCCCGCUUCGCCUACUUUCUCGGCCUCACGCUCCUCUUCUUCGGCCUCGCCCUCGCGAUCCUUGCUGCGGUCGCUUGGUCGUAUGCGGCGCGCGCACAGCGCGUGUCGCCCGAUGACGUGCAGCGUGCGCUCGUGUUCCGGGGGCCGCAUAGGGUAGACGUGCUCAACGUGACAGACGCGGGGGCGAUAUAUGUGGACGUCGAGCUCGAUGUGGGUGUGGAUGCGGGUACUGUGAUGGAUGUGAACAGCGAUCGCGACGACAACGUCCUCGACCGCGCCUGGAAAUCUCUGGGUCGCUGGGGCGUCAAACGCCUCGAUAGGGUAUCUGUAGACCUUGGCGCCCUCCGCCUAGUAGAUGGGGAUACUCUCCUUGCCUCCCUCAGCAUUCCCCCCAUCGAACUCCCCCUUACCACGAACCCGCCGCGCGGGACAUCGUGGCUAACGACCAUGACGACACACGUGCUCCUCCACCCUACGAACCGAACAAUGGACCUCGUGCACUUCGCCCGCAAGUCCUGGAAAGAUGGAUACAUCAACUUGCGCGUCGACGUCGAUCGUGUGCGCGUAUCGGGCGGUGCGCUUGGGGACAGCAGCUGGCGGCGACGCAUCAGCCAGGAGCUGCACGACGUCUCCGCGGACGUCAAGGUCGAAGUUCCCGCUGUUCCUGGCCUCCCAAAUCCCGGCCACCAUUUUCCGCCUGUUUCUCAGUUGAUCACGCUCAAGGACUUUAGGGUCGCCUCCUCGAGGGCGGGGCUGCUGCUUUCUGCAGAGGCGACGAUUGUGGACCCAGCACCGGACACGUUCAAUAUUACUACGCCUGAGCUUCCGUUUUUUGUUUCGCUACCGACAUCGGAUGGUCCUCCCUUCCAGAUUGCCUCGAUAUCGACUGCGCCAUUUACCCUCACGCAUCCGAAUAUAACGCUGCAUAUCUCUGGCCAGGUCCUUCCGCUCACACCCAACGCAACUCAUGGCGUGCUCUCCGACUUCAUCAGCCGCUAUCUUUCCGCUCAGCCUAAUCCCAUCUUGCUGUCCACGCCAUACCUGCUGAACUACACUCUGGACGCCGUCUUUCCUGCGCCCAGUCCUCGCCCGCGCGUACUGCGCGACGUCACUAUCCGAGACAUGCACAUUAAACCGGUCGGGACGACGUUUUAUGCCAGUGGCACGGUUUACGCGCGCGUUGUCCUGCCCCGGGGCAUGGAUAUUGACCUGAAUGUGUCGCGCGUAUUACCGGACGUCAUUGUCUUCGAUGGCGAGGUCCCGGACGAUGUCGACCCAGAGCACGGACUGCCUGACCCACUCCCGGAGCGCGCGUUUGGGCGGCUGCAGCCGGAGGAAUGGAUUCCUGCGGACAGCGUACCGGAUGACCACGAAGGCGACGAGGGUAGCGCGCUCGCGGUGCGCGCAGACAUUGUCGAUGUGCCGCUCGAAGUGCUGCCCGGUAGGCAGAAGGAGUUUAGCAACUUUGUGAGCAAGGUUAUCUUUGGUCACGAUGGGGCGACGGCUGGCAUCCUCGGUACCACUGCUGUCGGGGUGUCUGUCCGUGGGCUGCCAGUCCUGGACGAUGGGAAACCGAGCGAGAUGGACCUCCGCGGACUUCCGUUCAAGGGGAACGUGAAGGUGGGCAAGAAGUGAGGAGCAGGAGAGACGGAUUCAUGUGAGUAAGUAGGAGACAGAUCUACUAGACGGAGCGACGAUGUAACACUGUACCAUAGACCGCGCAUUAUUGUUCACCAUGUCUGCCAGAGUCAGCG